AUUUUUUUCCCACCAAUAGGAAACCCCCUAUGAAGUGAUAAAAUGUGGCUAUUGAAUUGAGAAGUGAUUGUCAUGGGACAAAUAUUCUUUUGUGAAGUUUUGGGGGGGGGGGGGUUAUCUCCCUUGUGAGUUUAAGAGGUCACAUGGUUUGCAUCAGACUGCUUUAUACCUGACCACCUGCUUUCACUUCUGCAUAAUGAAAACUGCUUCUUGUGUGAGCACAGUCAUCCUCUUAUAACCUUACGAGCACGAUGCAUACUUCACACGCUGUGAGGUGUUAACGGAAAUGUGAAUGGUGUGAUCCGCCAGGCCUUCUUCAUGGUUCAACAGAGGCUUCUGGAUGAGAAGGUGGACGUAGCUGUGCUGGUUCUGAUGGAUAAGAUUUUUCCCAAACUGAAGUACCUUCAGCUGAGAAAACGAUUGUGCAGAAAGUCUGUGUUGUCAUGGCCACAUCACCCAUGUGCUCAACCCCUUUUCUGGAAUCAAAUGAGAAUGGCGUUGUCAUCAGAUAACCUCAAAUUUUAUGACAACAACAUGAGUGAAAGUUUUAUAUAACCUACUUUUACAUGCUAGCAGAGACAAUCAUGAUUUCAAAGAUCUUCCUCCUUCAUAUCGCUAAAUAUUAACAAACUUGACCUUCCAUUAACAUGCUGUCACAUACAUUUGGUUGGUGUUAUAAUUUUAUUAACUCUUCCAUAUAUAUGUUAUACAUAUUGUUCUUAUUCCUCUGUUGUUUUAUUUAAAAAUUGGUUUCUCUGGGGCGUCAUUUGUUGUUAUUGUUAUUAUGACCAUUUGGAUGUAUUAGCUUAAAUUUUCUUGAUUUGUUUUAUUUUCCUUUGCCGAAUCCAGUGGUUUACAACACCUGUAUUUGUAUUUGCAGAAAAUAAUAUCCGCUUUCCUUUCCGUUAUAUUUUGUCAGACGGAAGAACUUUUGAUUGCGUUUGUUUAGCAUCUUAACCUGUAAUUUACCCAUUUUAUUAUAUGUACUUUGCUCCACACGCUUAAAGUCAUUCAUUACUUUUUAUGCAAUCACUAUGCGGGGGCGACACAAUCCCAUGGCAUAUCUGCUAUAGGCUUGCGUGAAUGCACACACUUUGGUGUACUGCUUAUCAAAUAUAAUAUUUGUCUUCAGACCACAUUCACGUUUGGGUUGCAACAUUAACUAAAGCAACGAUAUAAUAGAGCUUGACUUGAUUUCCCUUGAGUGGCUUGAUUUCAUAAAUACCAGCAACACUGAGCACUCCGCCGUCUACAGAAUUUUACUUCUCUUCCGUUAAGUUAAGGGAGGAAAUGAAACCAGCACUUGUUGCAGGUUACAGAUCACUAAGGACUUCAUUAUCACCUACUUAAAUGAUCUAUUUUUUCUGUUUGUUUAAUGAGAAAACAAAAUCAUGUCAUGUUUUCAUCGUCUCGGUAGUCUAGCUUGGCGGGAUCUCUUUUCUGAGACCGAAACCAGGACCAAAUACAGUUAUAGUUACUCACUGUAAUUUCUGGUUUAUGGUCUGUUGAAUGCAAAAUAGGAUCGUGCCGAACAGCUGCACUUCCCCGAUACACUUCAAAGAGCUCCUAACUGCACUGUCACAAGUCACCACAUUUGUAUUCCAGAAUAGCCCGGUUUUACCCAAUCACAUGGUGUGAUCUUAAAUUAUGUCUCUACAUCUACUUCAAGCAAACUCACUUUUGUCUGUGUGGGCUCUUUUGUUUAAAAAACCCAACAAUAUUAAGUUCCAGCUGCUGUGUAGUAAAGGGAAUUUCAGAGCUUUGGCUUUGCGUAAUACCUUCCAAGUACCAUUCCCAAUUCAUGAUUCAUAGGUAUAUGAAAAACAGGAAACCACCCAAUCAUGGCUCUUCGCGCUGCCCCACCACGGCUCUUCGUCGCGCACGCGCCAGCUGGGAGAGCGCGCCCACGCGGACCCGAUGGCAGUACAGGUCAUAAGCUGAGCUGCUGAGAUCAUGGAGCCUGCGCCGAGGUCGGACAGGGUACUGAUGGGACUUUACAGUGAUGGAGAGGUACCUGUACGAAUCCAUGAUGUCCUGCACUGUAGCUGAAAUUACAAGACCACUGACCUGUGUGUCUGGGAGACCUGCUGACAACAGUGACUGCUGCUUUCCUCAAAUAGGACUAAAUAAAAGUCAGCCUCAAGCCCUAAACAAUCAGUCAUGGACAGGUGAAAACUGAGAGGCCAGUACGUGGCCUUUACUUACUCUGUUAUCCACAAAGGACAUGAGCAUAUUCUCAGCUUUAACAGUUUCUUUUCAGAUGUUGUAUUUUGCCAUGUAAAAAAAAAAAGAUGCCUUUAAAUAUUAGAGCCAAGCCCACACAGAGCAAGCUUUCUGCUGCUGCAAAAGGUAGUGGGCACACCGAUGGCAACUCAUCUCAUUCACGUUUCUCAAGGUCCCCUAAACACGGGAAAGGCAAACAGGCUGUAAGCUCAGCACCAGGGGCCCGUUCAGGGUUAGAACCAGGCUCUGUGUCAGGAGGUGUGCCUGCAACACCAUCUAAACUGACUGGGGGACAAGGGUCAGUGUCAAGGCCAGGUUCAAAAAUCAAAGCUGAGCCAGAAGCAGGCAAAGGGUCAACGCGUGGUUCAGCGACAGCACCAGGGGGUAAAACCUUGUCUAUGGAGAAUAUUCAGUCUUUGAGUGCUGCAUAUGCCACAUCAGGUACUAUGUAUCCCAGUGAGCGGGAGUCCUUGGAACCCUCUGGUGGGUACCCCAAAGGCACCAUGACACUAGGUAGAAGUACCAGCCGCUCCUCCUACACUGGCCGGACGACAGCUACGGGAAGCAGCCCAAACAUCACAUCUUCUGGGAUGCAUCACUUGUCAGAUCCUUGUGGAGACCAGAGUUUUCUUUCUGGAGGGACUUCUAGUUUACGGCGGCAGUCUGGAAGACUCACACAGAUAAUGAAUUCGACUGGACGUGGAGAGGUUUCCACAUUUGAUCUCCAUUCUCAGCUGAGGGAUCUGCAGAGAGAGAACAACAACCUGCGAAGAGAACUGGAAGGAGGUAGGGAUGGAAGGACAGGCCCCAGCAUGAACAGCGUCAACUUUUGGAGCCCAGAUGUAAAGAGAGAAAAGGGCGUGAGGCGAGAGGAGGGAGCGAGGAGCUCCAUUGUGAAAGACCAGCACAGGACAAACCAAGAAGAUUUGCAGCCUGGGAAUAACAGAAGAAACAAGCAGCUUCCUUUAACAGUUCAGGAACUUCAGGAGGAGCUGAGGGCUCAUAGAGAGAUGAACAGUCGCUCCCAGCAGCACCGUCAGCAGGGGAACUCCUAUCGAGAGCUCCAUAUGGACCAGGACCUCAGAGGGGGACUCAGCCCUGGCCACAGUCCCAGACAAAGCCCCAGCAACCUGCAGAGUCCUGGACCAAAGAGCAGCCCUAGAGCCAGCCCAUCCAACACCUACAAUCCAAGGCAACAGGAAGCUGACAUCAUCAUUCACAGCCCUGGAUACGGCUGUAACACUGCAGUAGCCGCACAAAGAAUCAGCCCAGCUGACACCCUUCAGCGUGGGCUGAGGAGCAGCCCAAAUCAGCCUCACUACAGUCCUAGCCAAGGUCCCGGGAUUGUACCCUGCUCUGGUUCUCUUCACCCUUGUAGUCCCUGUCAGGUGCCUGGGUGUGACGGCUUUUCCUCACCUCCUCCCCUGGUUCCAUCAGAGGAGAACUUCUUCCAACUACAGUCAGAGCACGAGCGGCAGGCCAAGGAGCUAUCCCUGCUGAGGAAGACCAUGGAAGAGAUGGAGAUGAGAAUUGAUUCUCAGAAGCAGACGCUGGGCGCCCGGGACGAGAGCAUCCAGAGACUGUUAGAGAUGCUUCAAGGCCAAAGCCAAGGUCAAGGUCAGGGACACUGGGGACGGGGACAGCGGACAGGCAUAAUAACCAUGGCAGCACAGGAGGCUGAAGCCCAGCUGGAGAACGUGCAUUUGAGAGAGGACACCAAGAUCUCUUCCCUGGAGAGGAACAUCAGAGACUUAGAGGAUGAAGUCCAGAUGCUAAAGACCAGCGGCCUGCUGCACUCUGAUGAGAGGCAGGAUGAGCUCAAGCAGGUGGAGGUCUACAAGAGCCAUUCUAAAUUCAUGAAGACUAAGGAGCAGGCCUUGUCACCAUGUGUGUCUUCCAUCAGACCAGCUCCCACCUUCCUCCCCACCCAACAGCCUUGGAUCACAGAACAAGCAGAAAUAGAGCAGCUGAAGCAGGAGCUGAACAGGAAGGAGUCUGAGAUGCAGGCGCUGCAGACCAAACUAGAAACACUGACCAAUCAGAACUCGGACUGCAAGCAGCACAUCGAAGUGCUAAAAGAGUCGCUCAGUGCCAAGGAGCAGCGCGCCAAUACACUCCAGACAGAGGUAGAUGCUCUGCGAGUGCGUCUGGAGGAGAAGGAGCAGUUCCUGACCAAGAAGACCAAACAGUUGCAGGACUUGACUGAUGAAAAGAGCACACUAACGGGAGAAAUCAGAGACAUGAAGGACAUGCUGGACGUCAAGGAGAGGAAGAUUAAUGUCUUGCAGAAAAAAAUUGAGAACCUGCUGGAGCAGUUAAAGGACAAGGACAAACAGGUGGCUGGAUUGAGGGAAAGGGUUCAGGGCCUUCAAACCGACUCCAGCAACACAGACACGGCUCUGGCUACACUGGAAGAAGCUUUAUCAGAAAAGGAGCGAGUGAUUGAAAACCUCCGGGAACAAAAGGACCGGGAGGACAGGGUUCGGCUGGAGGAGCUGGAGCAGCUGAGAAAGGAGAACCACGAAUUAAAAGACAAACUGUCAGUCAUGCACCCCCAGAAACAGCCUCAGAACCAGCUCGCUAACCCCAGCCCAUCCCAGAACCAGAGACCAGAUGCAGAGGUGAAAACCAAAGUAGACGGGCCACCGGCAGUGAGCCCCACGAUCCAAACUACAGAGGAAGCAGUCAAGAUGUGUCCAGAUAUCACAGAUCGUCUGAGGGUCCUAGAGCAGGAAGUUGGCCGCUACAGAGAGGAAUCCAGGAAGUCACAAGCUGAAGUGGAGAGGCUGAUGGGAGCUUUAAAGGAUGCCGAGAUGGACAAAUCCUGCAAGGAGAAAAAAAUCUCUGAUCUUGAAAGACAUGGACAAAUCAAGUCUCCUAACAUCCAGAAGCAGACGGUGCCAGGUGAGAUGAGGAAAGACGCCCUGAUUGAUGGACAUCCCCACUCGUUAUCACAGGAUGCCAUGCGGGACACAGCUGAGCGGAUCAUGGAGCUGGAGAGGGCACUGAGAGAAAGCAUGAACACCUCUGCACAUAGGGAGGCUCUCUGGGCACAGGAGGAGGCUGCCCGGGUUCAGGCCCAGAGACAGCUGGAGGAGCUGAUGGGAGCUUUGGAGAAGACGCGCCAGGAGCUGGACGCCACAAAACUGCGUCUGUCCUCCACUCAGCAGUCGCUGCAUGAAAGAGACGGACAUCUGAACAGUCUGCGACAGGAGAGACGAAAGCAGCUGGAGGAGAUUCUGGAGAUGAAGCAGCAGGCUUUGCUUGCAGCCAUCAGUGAAAAGGAUGCCAACAUCGCCCUGCUAGAAUUAUCCUCCUCCAAACGCAAGAAAGCCCAGGAGGAAGUGAUGGCUCUGAAGAGGGAGAAGGACAGGCUCAUGCACCAGCUCAAACAGCAGACUCAAAGCAGAAUGAAGAUGAUUGCUGAUAACUACGAGGAAGAUUACAUCCAUCCCCAGCAUCACCCUCAUCAUUCGCACCACAUGCACCCAGCAAAUGUCCAUCACCGAAGCUUGCCACGAGCACCUCUCCACGCCAACCACCGACCCCCUGUGGAGCAGGAUGAUGAAGAGGGAAUAUGGGCAUGAUGACCACCAACAUGACCACCCACAUCCGUUUCUUCACACUCGUGGAAUCAGAUACCAGGCAUCAGCUACAAGAACACAGAUACACCGGCUCAUAUAUCCUUCACCAUUGAGACCACCAGACCUGAUUAAACACAGAUAUAAAUGCACACUCAAGCACCCACCAUUGCACUUGGAUUCUGGUGAAGUUUUCAGAUGGGCAGAAAUGAGUUAUUCUAGCAACUGGUAUGCAGUGGCCCACAGAAGACCUGGGAACACUGUGUGUGCACCUCAUCAGAACAUCUGGCAUCAGUGUGGCAAGCGGUCCACUGCCUUCAUUUCUCCAGCUUUCUUCAGUUGGAAGCUGGAUUUAUUUUACAGUACCGUGGUGCUACAGAGUCCUGGCUUCUCAUCAACCGUCCCCCAAACAACUGUUGACUAUGAGUGCGGCCGAGCUGAGCCAGAGGAACUCAUGCCAGCUCUAGACUCUUUUGUGGUAGCACGAAAAGUAUUCACGUUUGCAGCUAAAUAUCAGACUUGUGUAAAUAUGACAACACGGACCUUGUAAUCCAUAAUCCACAGAGACCUUCUCAAUGUAUUGUGCCAAAGGAGAUAUCUGCUGAGAUACAUCACUGAAAUGACACUGCAACUGAGUGCUUUGUAAAACCACCCUUGCCCAUCUCCCAUUUCCUGCAGAGAGAUCACCACAAAAUGUUUGAUGAUUAGCUUCCUUCUUUUCCAAGAAUAGGGUCCUUAGUUAACUGGGAGGAAAACACAGCUGACCUCAAAGCAGCCAACUUAUUAUAAGAAAAGUCUGCAUACAUUUCUCCUUGUGUUCGCCUUGCCUCCCCUUUAUUGUUUAAUGAACCACUUUCAUGUUCUGUUUGAUUUUCUACAGCUGAAACUAUUUGAGUGCCACUUUUCUUCUUUUUUAAAUAUCACAGGUUCAUGUGACUUAUUGUUCUGAUUUCAACGAGUGGUGUAUUAUGUUACUGUCUACUGAUCUGUGAAUCUGAGUGACUAAUCUGAUUAUAAUCAAGUGUCUUGCAUUAAUACUUUUUUUCACUGUACUGGAGCUUGACCUGAUGUGAUGACAAUGUACAAUUGCAGUUUAAUUUAGCAGCAUAGUGGUGUUUUCAUUUGGUUGUUACCUAAUAUGUACAGUUUUUGUAGUGUGUGUGUGCGUGCGCGUGUGUGUGGUUUUGUGCUACACUGUCUUCGUUGUGAUGAUAUGAACGUUUGGGGGUAACAGCAGUCGCCCUUGACUUCUUCCACAGUGGUUUGCAGUGAUCAGCCUGUUUCUGUUGUUUGAAUAAAAUAUUGGUUUCACAAGAACUGUGCAAACUGUGCGUGCUUCAUCAGGGAGACCGCAGCGUGAGCACUGAUGCUGGGGUUGCUGAUAAAUGUGAGUGCAACGACGAGUAUUUUUCACAAGUUUAAAGUUGCCCCCCCCCCCCCACUAAUGGCAUCUACAACAAUAGUUUCUUGCACUGCCCAAGAAAGAUUUUUUUUUCCUUUUUUUCGGUUUUCAUGGUCGACCAAUUCUCUCUCUCUCUCUCUCCCUCAUAAACUCAGCCAGAUGU